AAACCUGAGCUGAUUGAACGUUAUCCUCUUCGAACUGGCGGUGAAUAAAUUGGAGAAGUUGAGAGAGCAUUUUGCGGUAUUGAGUUUGAGAUUUUUGCAGGCUCACCAUUUCGAUCUUCAGAGCUCCAUUGUUGCUUCCAGAUUUCCAAUCCAAGAGCCAUUUGAAGAAGACGAUAUAUAGUGCAUAUAUUCAAUCCAGCAGCCAUCCGCCGGACGCCGGCAAUGGCCAGCGCUCCCAUUCACACUCCGGCCAACUUUCUGACCUCUCAAAGUCUCGAACCGUGCUACUUGAGACGCUAUGGCUGCCUCCGCCCGCCAUUUCUGAGCCAGACGCUACGGCCAGUUCCCGCAAGCAAGCUGGUGGUUGUCCGUGGUUGUGUAAUCGCCGGUUACGCUCGCAAGUCGGUGGAUUCUGAUGGAUUUGAUCAGCUCACUGAUGAUAAUGACUUCACCGUUUAUUCGUCGGACGAAUUGCGUUACGAUGGAGAUGUGACAGUUGAUAAUGAAGUUAUUAAGAAUUCAGGAACACCGAGAAGGAUAUCAAUUGGAAGACUUGGAAGAUUGAAAUCUCAUAAAGUUAAGGCAAUUGUGAUGAAAGGUUCUAGGACAAAGGAAGAAUUAAAAGAUGAUGUUCGUGUACCGACUACUGGAAAUGGUUCACCGCAUAUAUCCGAUCGUCCGCACCCUAAAGCUAAAACUCUGGGAGAAAAGAAGAAGGUAAAUACCUUAAGAAAUGUAGAAAGAUUUUCAAGAUCAUCUGAACUGCAAGAUAAAGAUCGACAUCACAGAACUGCCCCCAGUUUAUCAAGAUCCGAGCAAUCAGUCCCGGCAGCUUCUGCCACUUACUUCAGAGGAUGGGGCUCUAGAGGGCCCUACGAUUCGGAGUAUGAAUCAACCCAACCUAAACAACAGAAGUUUUCCUCAGAGAAGGGCUUUUACAGCCGAAAGUCAUUUAAAGAUCUUGGGUGCACUGAAUAUAUGAUUGAAUCAUUGAGGAGGCAGAAUUUCCUACGGCCUUCACAGAUUCAGGCCAAGGCAUUUGCAUCAGUUAUUGAAGGAAAAAGUUGUAUCAUUUCUGAUCAAAGUGGUUCUGGUAAGACAUUAGCAUAUCUUGCACCAUUAAUCCAGCGUCUGAGGCAGGAAGAACUUCAAGGACUUCAAAAGUCUUCUCCACAAAGUCCCCAAAUUGUUAUCAUUGUGCCGACUGCAGAAUUGGCUUCUCAGGUCUUAAGCAAUUGCCGAUCCAUUUCAAAAUUUGGGGUGCCAUUUAGGUCAAUGGUUGUGACAGGCGGUUUCCGGCAGAAAACUCAACUUGAUAAUCUACAAGAAGGUGUUGAUGUUCUAAUAGCAACUCCUGGUCGUUUGAUGCUUCUAAUAAAUGAAGGCUUCUUGCAGUUAUCAAAUCUAAGAUGUGCUGUAAUGGACGAGGUAGAUAUCCUUUUCAAUGAUGAGGAUUUUGAAGUUGCAUUGCAGACUUUAAUGAAGUCUGCACCUGUUAACGCACAAUAUCUAUUUGUGACUGCAACUUUACCCGUUGACAUAUAUAAUACAUUAGUGGAAAAGUUUCCUGAUUGUGAAGUGAUCAUGGGACCUGGAGUUCACCGGAUAAGUCCUAGUCUGGAAGAGGUUCUUGUAGAUUGUAGUGGUGAAGAUGAGCAGAACAAGACACCGGACGCUGCUUUCUUGAAUAAGAAAGACGCCCUUCUGCAGAUUGCUGAAGGAACUCCAGUCUCGAAAACUAUUGUUUUCUGUAACAAGAUUGAGACAUGUAGAAGAGUUGAAAAUGCUUUGCAACGUUUUGAUAAAAAAGGUUGCCGCUUGCAAGUUUUUCCAUUUCAUGCUGCCCUAGCAAGAGACUCACGGCUUGCAAAUAUGGAGGCCUUCACCAAUCCUCAUUCAAACCAACUAUCCAAGUUCUUGGUUUGUACAGAUAGGGCAUCACGUGGAAUUGAUUUUCCAAAUGUGGAUCAUGUCAUACUCUUCGACUUCCCUCGUGAUCCUAGCGAGUAUGUUCGCCGUGUUGGAAGAACGGCUAGAGGUGCUACAGGAAAAGGAAAAGCAUUCAUUUUCGUGGUCGGAAAGCAGGUAUCGCUUGCGCGGAGGAUAAUCGAAAGAAACAGGAAAGGUCAUCCAUUGCAUGAUGUGCCAUCUGCUUAUGAGCUUACAUACUAAAUAAUGGCUUGCUAGAAGAAAUCUGAUGCAAUUACUGGAAGAGUUGCUGAAUUGACAAGGUGGAAAACUGAGCUUAAUGCAAUGCUGUUGCCUCCCCUGCUAUCAUCAGAUAAUGAGGUUUUACUCUCUCUCUCUCUGAAUGUAUUAGUAAAUUUCAUUUGUAUUCCAGCUUAGUUGGAUUGUUCUAUCCUAAACUGAUAUGAUAUGUACCGACCAAUUCAUUUUACUUCAAUAACUUUGAUAAAAUGCUCCAAAUGGUUCUUCCA